AAAGACAAAUGGAGCAAUGUAUGCGAGGCUGCAAUUUUAUCGCAGCACUCGGCCCAUCAUCUCGUGCUUGUAUCGACAUUAUCCCACCCACGAUCCACGUCCAGGCCGAACGAAUGCUGUUUGCAGAUCAAUUAUCAACUACAAAACCAACUACAAAACUCCAUCGGUACGCUACAAGCAUGAUGGAGACGGCAGCAGCGAUGCAAGAAAGCUCAACGUGCUUAACAUGACCAGCAGCCAGUACUUGGAUUACAUGUACAACGCGUGGCUGAAAGACCGAAAAUCCGUGAACUCCUCAUGGGACUCGUACUUCAAACUGAUCCACGCUGGAAAUCCUCCAGCGAAGGACUCCCAAAGGAAUCCUAAGUCCACCUUGAUCCGCGUCGGUUCGUCUUCCAACUUGAAGUCGAACUUAGAUGGGGCGCAGCCACUGGACAGUGAGUGCGUUUUGACGAGCCGGAGCUCCUAUAUACGUACAUCGUCAUACUCGUGGUAGCGAUAUUAAAUACGCAUCCCAUGAACUCCAUGCUGAUGUAUUAAUUAAUCAUAUGUUCUCGAAU